ACGAGCCCGCGCUUGCGUCAUUGCGGCCGUUGGAAGCAGUGACGACCAGACAGGGAUCCGGACAUGGCAUACGCGUACCUUUUCAAAUACAUUAUCAUCGGGGAUACCGGAGUUGGGAAAUCAUGUCUCUUAUUGCAGUUCACAGACAAGCGAUUCCAACCGGUGCAUGAUUUGACAAUUGGUGUAGAAUUUGGUGCUCGGAUGAUAACAAUUGAUGGCAAGCAAAUUAAACUUCAGAUAUGGGACACUGCUGGCCAGGAGUCCUUCCGUUCGAUCACACGGUCAUACUACAGAGGUGCUGCGGGGGCUUUAUUAGUUUACGAUAUUACAAGGAGAGACACAUUCAAUCAUUUGACGACCUGGCUUGAAGAUGCUCGCCAACACUCAAAUUCAAAUAUGGUGAUUAUGCUUAUUGCCAACAAGAGUGAUUUAGAAUCAAGGAGGGAAGUAAAAAAGGAAGAGGGGGAAGCAUUUGCUAGGGAACAUGGUCUCGUGUUCAUGGAAACUUCGGCAAAAACAGCUUCCAACGUGGAGGAGGCCUUUAUAAAUACAGCAAAAGAAAUCUAUGAAAAAAUUCAAGAAGGCGUAUUUGACAUCAACAACGAGGCAAAUGGCAUUAAAAUCGGACCACAACACUCAACACCUGGAUCACCCGGUUCGCAUCUUGGUGGACAACAGGCGGGUGGAGGUUGCUGUUGAACCAUUUUUCCUUCCGAAGAGCCUAAAUAGGCCAUUUAUUGUCCAUUGGCCAUUUACUUCUUUUACCUUUCCAUUCCCUGUCUUCUCCCCAUCCCCCUCCAGUUUCGAUGUUCACUUUAAAAAACAAAAAACAAACAAAAAAAAACAACGAAAGAGACAUAUUUUGGAAAUUGUAUUCAUACUGUAACUAUUUGCUUUUUGAUUUCUAAGUUUAUUGAUUGUGAUUGUUAUUAAAUGUCGUCUUGUUCCCUUGACUAAAAACUGAAUUGUAUUAACACUAACCGUUUUCGGAGUAUUUUAAUUAGUUUGUGUAGGUAGGAUUCAGAGCUUUUGUGGUGACCUGUCCAAGGGCGCACACAUUAAAAAAAAAAAAAAAAGAAAUGAAGGAAAAAAGUUUUUUUCUGUCAUCAUAUUUAUAAAUGUAGGAUUACAAACUAUUUUCUGAUCAUGUUCUACCUUUCUACUCUGACAUCACCCUAUCACAGGAAUAGCCAAACAAUAGCUCUCCAGCUGUUACUACAAUGAGCAUCAUUAACAGCCAUCCAAAGGCUAUUACAACUUUUAGGCCAGUGAUCGCUAAGCUUGGCACCCCAGAUAAUGGGUAUUGCAUUUCUAGCUCAAACACUCCAUAUCUGGGAGACCCAGGAAUGUAGUUCACAAAUGGCUACAGUGCCACGGUUUAUAUCACUGGUAAAAGCUUUGCUCCUAUUUACUAAGGUCAGUUAAACGCACACCGUAAUAUAACCAUUAACUGAGCAUUUUGCCCGUUUGAUAGUAUUUCUCUUCUUACAGCAAACUCUUACCCUCUUCAGAGCUUGACAUUAUAGCAGUCAUAGGGGAGAGCAAUCAUGUCACGAUUCAGUUCUUAGGCCAUUUUCUUCUUACUUAUUGCAGUAUCACCAUACCUGGCUGAAGCUUUUACUGCACAUUCUCUACUUGUUGACAGUGAAAGGGGCAGUCUAUACACGGCAAUUUCCAAUGUGCCGUAGGAGAUAUUGUGAUAUAUAAUGAAAACAUCUGUAAAUAGCAAAGAAAUUGGUGUUAUUAAAUAAAGCUUAUGGUACCGUA